AAAUCCCGUACAGGAUGUGCUUUGUGUUGCUCUGAGCACGGUCGGAGCGGAAAUCCACGUCAGUUAGACGGAACCUCGGACUGUAGUUGAACUUUUGUAGUUUAAACCCGAGUUUAAAUUAUUUUAAAACCGGCUUUAUUUAAAGCUCUCCUUCAGAUGGCGGACGAGGCCACGCGCAGGGCAGUGUCGCAGGUACCGCUGCUGAAGACGCACGCGGGGCCGCGGGACCGCGCGCUGUGGCCCGCGCGGCUGAAAGAGGAAUACCAGGCGCUGAUUCGCUCGGUGGAGGCGAACAAGGCGGCAGACAGUGACUGGUUCCGCCUGGAGAGCAAUGCAGACGGGACGCGUUGGAGCGGCAGCUGCUGGUUCAUCCACGAGCUGCUGAGGUACGAGUUCCGCGUAGAGUUCGACAUCCCGGUAACCUAUCCGGUAACCGCCCCGGAGGUGGCGAUACCGGAGCUGGACGGGAAGACCGCGAAGAUGUACCGCGGUGGGAAGAUCUGCCUCACUGAUCACUUCGCGCCACUCUGGGCGCGCAACGCGCCGCGCUUUGGGCUGGCGCACCUUAUGGCGCUGGGGCUCGCGCCCUGGCUCGCGGUGGAAAUUCCGGACCUGAUCGGCAAAGGGCUCGUGGUGCACAGGGAGCAGCAGAGUGACGCAGCAGCGGCAGAGUGACUUCACAGACUAAUAAACACCUGAAACUGAGAGUUUCCUGCAGUUCUGAUGGAACGUCUCUGAAACUGAGAGUUUCCUGCAGUUCUGAUGGAAAGUCUCUGAAACUGAACACAGAGAAAUAAACUGGUGAUGAGACUUUAUUUUAAUUAUGAAAUAUAAUUUAACACAAACAGAAUGGUAAGGUGGACCUGAAACUGAAGUGAUGAUGAACUGAGGUGGGGCUGAAAUAAAAAGUAAAUUAUAAAAAUAAAAAACUGAAGUGUUUUUUUGGAAGUGA